AGAACAUCAAGAGAAGAGCAACUAGUUACUGAGGAAGGAGAUAGACAAACUGCUGGAGGAAAAUAAUUCAUCUGACAGCAAAGAUGCAGUGGAGUCUGAUUCUGCUCUUCCUGAUGGCUCAGUGUUGCUUCAUUGACUGUCAGCUCUAUGAGUUUCACUACAUUAAUGAGAAUAAAACCUGGACUGAAGCUCAGCAGUACUGCAGAGAGAAACACACUGACCUGGCCACAGUGACUAACAUGAAGGACAUGAAGAGACUCAACAACAUCUCAGCUGGAUAUCAGAGGGAAGCUUGGAUUGGUCUGUAUAAUAAAACACUUGGUACCAGAACAUGGUUCUGGUCUCUGCCUGGAGUGGAGUUCAAUGAAAGUGAGACAAACUGGAACAAUAAUGAACCAAAUGAUAAAGGAAUUAAAGAUUCUGAGAACUGUGGGAUUGUGUAUCAAGAUCUCAAAUGGGGAGUUCAGGGUUGCCAGUGGCCUGAAUAUUUUCUCUGCUAUGAUGAAACUAAUAAAACCCAUAAAUAUCACCUGAUUAAAGACAUGAAGACCUGGCAGGAAGCUCAGAGUUACUGCAGAGAGAAACACACAGACCUGAUCAGUGGAACGAAGCAACUACAGGAUGAAGAAGUGAAGAAAUUGAUGAACUUUGAGUUCAAACAACUAUACAUUGGUCUGUUCAGAGACACCUGGAGGUGGUCAGAUGGAAACAGUUCCUCCUUCAGACACUGGAAUCUACAGUUUAACUAUCCACAAUCCAACAGUGGUCAAUGUGUCAUGACUGUGUUUAAUGAUGGAGGCAGAUGGAGGAAUGAGAACUGUGCUGAAAGAAAACCCUUCAUCUGUUAUGAUGAAGUGAUCCUGAUCAAAGAAAAUAAAACCUGGAAGGACGCCUUGACCUACUGCAGAGGUCACCACCGUGACCUGGUCACCAUCACCAACAUGGAUGAUCGGAGACGGAUCCAGGAGAAAGUCAAGAACGCAUCGACUCCUUUUGUCUGGAUUGGACUGCGUUUCAACUGCAGUAUGAAUGUUUGGUUCUGGGUCUGUAAUAACUGGGCCUGGGAUGAACAGAAUGACUGCAACAUGUUUGGAGUCAUGGAGGCAGGAGGAGAGUAUCAGUGGUUCCAAAGAAACGGCAGCGAGAGAUUUAACUUCAUCUGUUCUUAA